AAGAGGCAUUACUGCUCAAGUGAGAGCAGAGGAAGGCAGCUGUGAGAACACACACUGCAACAGCGGGUCAACCAGCGAUAUGGUCAGGAGAUCAACCAUCAGUGGCUUGGGAAAUCUACACCUAACCACCAGUUAAAGAUGUUAAAAUGCCGGUCCACGGAUUCACUCCCAUCCUGCUUUGCUUGUUACCCGUGUGGAUAAUCCUGACAGCAGUCUCAAGUCAUCCACAACGCAGCCCAUGCCAGCUGAUACAAACAACGGCUCUCUGCAACAAUGCCAAGCUCUCCUCUGUGCCUUCAGGACUACCAAGAAACAUAGAGGAGCUUCAGCUCAACUACAAUCACAUGCAAACACUACAAGAUGACUCUCUCCUCCAUUACCCUUCACUAAACAGCCUGAGCUUAGCUUGCAACAGUUUGGAGAAAUUAGAAUCAAAUACUUUUCAACACUCAAAGUUGUUAGAAAGCCUAAAUUUAGCAAAUAACAAUCUUAAUAUUGGCGACCCAGAAACCAGUUAUGCAUUAAAGAAGAUACCAGGUCUUAGAGCUCUAGAUCUGUCUGAGAAUAAACUUGAUGAUGAAACGGCUGCCACUCUUCUCCAAAAUCUGACGUCGUUAGAGUAUCUUAAUCUUUCCGGAAACCUCUUGCAGAGACUUGAUGAGACCUCGUUCAGGGACCUUCACCUGCUCAAAGAACUCGACCUGCAGAGGAACAUCAUGUUCGAGAUUGAUGGCGCCUUUGACAGCAAUCCCAAACUCCAGAGGCUUAACUUGGCCUUCAACUAUCUCCCUUGCCUAACUGACUUCCACAUGACUCAGAUGGUGGUCCUCAACACCAGCCACAACUUCAUUGAGUGGUUCAUCUCCAGACAAGACCUCAAUGACACUUUCCAGCUAGAGACACUUGAUCUAUCACAUAACAAACUGCUCUUCUUUCCUUUUUUGCCCAGCCAUAGUCAUUUACGGAACCUUUACCUGUCCCACAACAGCAUUCGGUUCUACGAACACUUGGCAGACAACUCCACAUUCCCAAACUCAACAACAACUGUUGAGUUCUACAAUCUGAAAAAGUACACAAGCAAUACGACUGCUAAGUUGUGGGAUGACAGUCUUCACGGUGACAUCUCCUCUCUUGAGAUUUUGGAUCUAAGAGGAAACCAGGUGGGGUAUUUCCCCCAAGGAUUCAUUCAGAAAAUGCCUAUGCUGUCCAGACUUGGAAUGUGCACAAACUGUCUGGAAACCUUAAAUCUAACUUCAGAACAGUUCUCUGGCAGCUUGUAUGAGUUGGACCUCAGCAACAACAGGCUGAAUCAGAUUGUAGCAGAUGAAUACACGCUGAUCACUCUUGGCAAUCUGACAUACUUUAACCUGAGCCUGAAUGAUCUUGAGUGGUUACCCUUGAAAUUAUUUUCCUCACUGCCAAGCCUCAGGUCAGUGGAUCUCAGCUAUAACAACAUUGACGUUUGUCCUUCUGAAGAAGAUGAGAUCAAAACAGAAACUAUCUCAUCUUGUGUGGAUUGGAGAAAUGUUGUCUCCCUUGGGCAGCUCUAUCUUAAAGGAUGCAACAUUGAAAUAAUCCCAUCGUCUGCAUUCACAGGGUUGUCACUAACGCACCUGGAACUGUCUGAUAAUCCAGGACUCAUUGUCCAACAAUCAAUACAAAGUCUCAGCAUAACUUUACAGCAUCUAGGUUUAGGAAACACUCACCUACAAGACUUUGACUUCUCCCAUUACAAACGUCUGAAGUUUUUAAACAUUUCAAGGAACUCUCUUGACCAUCUUCCCCCGUCACUCCUAGAUCUUGACCUGAAAGUGCUCGACUUGAGGGACAACAGACUGUCCACUAUCCCCUCAGGUCUGGCUAACACAUUAGCUCCAAAACUUCACAUUGUUUUCCUCACAGGAAAUCCGUUCAACUGCUGCCAAACAGAGUGGUUCAGGACAUUUGUAACAACAAAGACAAUCAGUAUGGUUGGACAGUCAGAAAUUGAAUGUGAAGAUCCUGUUCGAAUCAUACACACAGUACAGCACUUACAGUCAUCUGUGUGUUGGGAAGAAGGUGGGGAAUCUAUAUUCUGGUACAUUCUGCUUUUUGUACCCAUAUGUCUUUCAUUUGUGGGCAUUUCAAUUAUCGUUCUCAUCACCUUCAAGCCCAAAAUGCUACAAAAAUCAAUUAAAAAAAGGUGUUUGAAGCCUACUUCUUACUGAUACUUUAUAAACCACACAACUGUAGUCUGUACAGUGUAUUAUUGAGAAAUGUAAUUGAAUGUAUUUUGGAAAUAAAUUUAAUUCAUUGUAAAACUGUA